AUGGCAUUCACAAAGUUCUACGGUGUAGGGCUUAUUUUCCUUUACCUUGCCCUUCGUGGCAAUGGAGGAGUUGAUGGUACAGAGACAGGGAAACGAACCACUAUGAACAAGGACUCUCAUAAAAUAGAUGGCAGAGAAAAGGUUCCGUUUCGAGGAAAAAAUUAUGCUUCUAAUGAUAAUCUUGCUACGAAUGCCGUAUCUAAUCGUCUUGAACAUUUUGCAAUAUAUCGAAGUGGCGAAGGACAAUAUGGAACUGAAGCCGAACUCGUUGUCUACGCGUUACCAAAAGUUCAACAUGACCAGUUUACUACAGUAUCUAUUGACGUUGUUGGUGGCUUGGAUGGUCCAGUUGGAGAUUUCAAUUCAAUAGUAGCCGGAUGGCACGUAUAUCCGUUGCUUUACAAUGAUACGGAUACUCAUUUUUUCACUUAUUGGACGGCUGAUGGUUACCGAGCUACAGGCUGCUACAACCUUCAAUGCGAAGGUUUCGUGCCUCGGGUUACUACGCCUUCCAAACUCCCGGGAUUUAAGAUUUAUCCAGUUUCGGAAUAUAAUGGAUUCCAAGUUGUUGUCAAAGUUAAAAUCUACAAGGAUGAGAAAACUGAGAAUUGGUGGCUGUACGUGGACGAUUCACCAAUAGGCUACUGGCCGAAAACAUUAUUCAAAAGUCUAUCUGAAAGCGCCCAAGAAAUCAAUUGGGGUGGAAGUGUUGACUUCGGCGAUGACGAGGAAAGUCCUCUGAUGGGUAGCGGCCACUUUCCUGAAGAAGGCGAGAGCAGAGCAGCAGCGAUCCAGAACAUUCGGUUCGUGAAUAAACACGGAGAGCUCUACAACUUGACGAGGGCUGGAGUUCGUUCUUACGUCGACAGAAGCGAUUGCUAUAGGGUGGGGGAGUUUUUUAGCGAAGAGAAAGGAUUCAAGUUUUAUUUUGGUGGCCUUGGUGGAAUCCUAGGUAGUUGCGCGAACUAG